UAGUAAAUUGGUCUCUCUCUCUCUCUCUCUCUCUCUCUCUCUCUCUAGAUAAUUUGAAACCCCUCAAAAGAGUUAUCCUUUUGUAGGCUUUCGGUGAUUGGUUUCAACUACUUGCACUCACUUUACCCUGUUUUCUUUCUCUCCUUUUAACCUUUCAUAAACAGAUCACAAAGAAAAGGAUCUAAUGCAAUCUUACUCCUACCAUAAUGCUAAUCCUCCUAGCCCCGCAUCAUUGUUCCUUCACUUUCACAUGAACACAAACCACUCCACCAAAACCUAAAUAAAGCUGCAAUUUUCUGACUUCUCAAUCCCCAUAAUUCCCAACACAUAACACACACUGUCUCUUUCACUCCAAACCUAUUACCAUUUCAAACCUUAAAUUUCAAAAUACUUCAAACUCCAUCACAAAAUCCAACACUUUUUUCAAAAAACAGAGUUCCCCUGUUCAGAAACAGAGCAUGGCAAUUGAAGUUUGUACUGAAAUAUCCAACAGCCCAGGAAUCAGUCCACGAAUCUCAUUCUCACAUGAUCUGAAAAACUCAAACGGUUCAAUACCGGUCGAAGAUUGUCAUCUUCGAUCAGAUUUACGUCUCUUAGAUUCAACCUCCGAUUUUGUUUUCUCCAUCACUAAUGGUUUAUCUCAACAACUAUCUUCAGCUGACGAACUUUUCUCCAAUGGAAAGAUCGUUCCAAUGGAGAUAAAGAAAGUUAUCUCCAAUGGAAAGAUCUUUCCAAAGAAGAAAAGUUCGUCAGCUGAUAAAUUCUUUGAGCCUCUUCAGAAAACUACCGUAAAGAAGAGGCUCAAAGAAUUCUUAUCAGAUGAAACUGAUAACGAAGAAGAAAGACCGUCAUUAUCAUCAUCAUCAUCCAAGUAUUUCUGGAAAUUCAAAAGAAGUAGUAGUUUGAAUUUCGAUACAACUGGUCGAAAUAGCUUGAUUCGUUCAUUGCAGUUCUUAUCAAGGAGCAACUCAACUGGUUCAGCGCCGAAUCCGAAGCAAGCAGAGCUUCAAAGAGAAAGACAGAAGCAGAAGUUGCAGAAACAGUCAUCUGUUUCAAGUAGUAGAAGAUCUUCUUCAUCAUCUUCAACUUCAAGUACAUAUUAUUUCUAUAAUUCAUCUAAUAAAUCUUCGUUAAAGAAAUGUUCUAGUAAUGGUGUUAGAAUUAGUCCUGUUUUGAAUCUACCUCAAGCAUAUAUUCCUAAAGUUACUGCAAAUUUUUUUGGAUUUGGUUCAUUGUUUUGUAAAGGAAAAAUUAAAAGAAAGAAGAAAUAGAUGAGAUAAUUUGUUUUGUUUUAAUAUUUAUUUAUUUAUUUGAUUUUAAAUUUAUCAUUCAUGAUCUAAUAGAAUCCUAUGGUUUUGGUUCAUGUAUUAUAUCAUGUGAGGCUAACUAAUAAUUCUUGGAUA